AUGACACCUGUCACGCACCACCCUGUUGCCGGUGGCCUUCCUGUCACCGCGCAAAGUCCUCUAAACCCGCAACGUGUGUCGAGUGGCCCUCCUAUAGAUGCAUACAUAAAGGCACGACGCGAGGCGGAUUUGAACCUUCCAUGGCACAAAACAACAGCACACCUCGAGAGGCUACAGAUUCGCCUCGAGUCACAAAUGGAGAGACAAAUUGGAAGCGAGCCAUUGAUACCCGCACGGGGAAGAUACCAUUCUUUACUUACAAGACCUCAAAAGGAUCAAGUAUCUCACACUCCUUCCGAACCUUCGAUGUUACAGAGACUGCCUGAUGAAGUCCUCUUGAUGAUUGUCUCCUGCCUAUCGGAUCCAAAUGACAGAUCAUCGCUCUUCGCCUUCUUCGCCCUCCGUCAGGUCUCUCGCCGAUUUAGAUGUCUAUUGCAAGCAGAUGACUUCAUCACGCAUCCUUUCUCCCGUGAAGAGUGCUGUCAACAGUGCUCAGAUGGUUGUAAUGAUGAAUACACAUCACCAAUCUGUCCACCGGGUGGUCGCCAUUGCUUUGACUACAAGUCCGUUGGAGAGAUGCACGCAAUGGGAGGUGCACUUAUGAUCAAGGGGAUAUGGGGCGCUGGAGGAUUUGGAGACUUCAUCAGAAGUUACACCACGUGCAAAGACUGCCAGGAAAGUCGACAAGGCAGGAUAAAGGCAGGAUACUCGACGACUUGCAAAUUUGCGCCUUGUGACUCCCAAGAAUACCUUCAUUGCCACUCCUGCGAUGCGGAUCACCCUUCCUCGUGCUUUUCCAAAGACCAAGCAAAGGUGCCGGAGGGACGAGCCUGCAUUGCAAAUGAGAGCUAUAUCCGAAUUUGCGAACACAAAACACUCACCCGAGCCGACAUAAAACUUCUUUUGCCAGAUGAGGUGCCUGAAUGUAGGCCGGUGUUCCUAACGAGCUGUGGCCAUCCCGAGCACAAGGUAACAUGUAACGACAACUUCGAUUAUGCCGAUCAGAUCCCGAGGGUAUUUGCUACAAACCCUGACGGCCUUGGUAUUAUGCUACAUAUACUAUGGCAAGGGCAUUCGGGUAGCGAUCGAUCUAUCCUCCACCAAAGCGGCUAUCUACACCGGCAUAAACUCAACGACGCACUCCGAAAGAUCAGGCAGAAUGGAGGGAACCUGUUUCUACCAAAAAUUGGCCCUAAUACGUUACCUGAAUGGAACGUAAUCUCCGAAAUCGACCGAUCUGAGGUGGUCUCAUCAGAAGAAGACCUUCUCAAGCUCCGUGGUGGCUGGGGCUACAUGAAUCGCCAACGACGACACAACUUGGCUUUUCUAGGUCCUGAAAGGAUAGUAUGUGGUCACUGUAGAUACGACAAGAGCUGUAUCGUUGUCAAAUACCAUCGAAAGAUACUCUUCUCGAAUCCGUACUCGAGCUGGGCGCCUCACGAGUGGUUUCAUGCUAUGGACAGGAAGUCAUACGUAUACAAUGGACCUGCUGGUGUGCCAGAGACUUGCGUUAUUGGCACGUGCCGUAACAGCUAUGUGGGCAAAGAAGAUCAAGCAGAUCAGUGGCCACAAAGCGUUAAUGUGCGCUGUGCAAAACACUAUGUUAUGAAUGGGGAAAAUAGGCGCGAAUUAGUGGUUCAAGAGAAGCAGUCCCGCCAGAAUAAUGGACGACUACUUGAAUCAUGCGAGGAUCAUGAUGUUGAGAAGCCUGAAGAAGCUCUCGCCCCAAGAGAACAACCUGCCCGCUUUAGCUUAUACGGUUCACGAGGGCCAUGUUUCAGCAUUGGCAAUAUGGACGAGCUGGGUUCUCGAGCGAUUGAGACCCAACUCUCUGGAAAUUAUGGAACUCAUCACAAGCACAACUGUUAG